CACAUAUAUAUACAGUUAUUAGUCAGCUCUGAUAUAUACAUGAUAUAUAAGUGCAUAUGAUGCAGCUGUAUUCUUCCUUUCAUUUUUAAUGACUUCUCUCUUCUCAACUACUACUCACCUCCUCUUUAACUUCUUCUUAUCUUACUACAAAUAAUUCUACAAAAAAUAUCCUAUCACCUUCUAUCUUGUUCUCUCUCUGAAACUCUUUCUCUCUCUAGAUUUUUUUAUUUUUAGGAUUAAAAAGAUAAAAAUAUAAUGAGCAUUCAAUUGCAAGAAACACAAAGAAAUAGUAAUAAUAAUAAUAUGGAAGAAGAGAUGAUGAGUGGUAAAAAGAAGGAAGAAGAAGAUGAAGAGAUGAAAAAGAAGAAUAAAGUUAAAAAUGUGCCAUUUUUGAAGUUGUUUAUUUUUGCUGAUUCUUAUGAUUAUUUACUAAUGUUUCUUGGUUCAAUUGGUGCUAUUGCACAUGGAGCUUCUGUGCCUGUUUUCUUCAUUUUCUUUGGCAAAUUGAUUAAUCUUAUCGGUGUUGCCUACCUCUUCCCUAGAGAAACUUCUCAUGAAGUUGGCAAGUAUUCUUUGGACUUUGUUUACCUCAGUGUGGUUAUAUUGUUUUCUUCAUGGGUUGAGGUGGCAUGUUGGAUGCAAACGGGAGAGAGACAAGCAGCAAAAAUGAGGAUGGCAUAUUUGAGGUCAAUGUUGAAUCAAGAUAUCACUCUUUUCGACACUGAGGCUUCCACUGGAGAAGUUAUUAAUGCCAUUACUAGCGAUAUCCUUAUAGUUCAGGAUGCUAUCUCCGAAAAGGUUGGGAAGAUAUUGCACUAUAUAAGCAGAUUUAUAGCUGGAUUUGCAAUUGGGUUUGCAAGAGUAUGGCAAAUCAGUCUAAUCACACUCUCCAUUGUUCCUGCAAUUGCUUUCGCCGGUGGCACCUACGCUUAUGUUGCCACCGGUCUCAUCGCCCGUGUUCGUAAAUCUUAUGUUAAAGCUGGUGAAAUUGCUGAAGAGGUAAUUGCAAAUGUGAGGACAGUUCAAGCCUUUGUUGGAGAGGAAAAAGCAGUGUCGUCCUAUAAAGAAGCUCUUUUGAAUACUUACAAAUAUGGGAAGAAAGGAGGAGUGGCCAAGGGCUUGGGUAUGGGGGCCUUGCACUGUGUGCUGUUUCUAUCAUGGGCUUUGCUUGUUUGGUAUACCAGCAUUGUUGUUCACAAGGGUACAGCUAAUGGAGGGGAGUCAUUCACCACCAUGCUCAAUGUUGUCAUUGCUGGCCUGUCACUGGGGCAAGCAGCACCAGAUAUUUCUGCAUUCCUCCGAGCUAGAGUUGCUGCCUAUCCAAUAUUUGAGAUGAUAGAGAGAGCCAAAGUGAGCAAAGUAAGCUCAAAAGGUGGAAGGAAACUGAAUAAAGUGGAUGGCCAUAUCGAAUUCAAGGAUGUAUAUUUUAGUUAUCCUUCUCGCCCUGAAGCAAAAAUCUUUGAUAAGUUCUGCCUGGAUAUUCCAGCUGGAAAGAUUGUUGCCCUUGUAGGCGGCAGUGGAUCUGGAAAGAGCACAGUGAUAUCAUUGAUUGAGCGAUUCUAUGAGCCACUUGCUGGACAGGUACUUUUGGAUGGAAAUGAUAUCAGGGAACUGGAUCUGAAUUGGCUUAGACAGCAGAUUGGACUCGUCAAUCAAGAGCCUGCACUUUUUGCGACAAGUAUCAGAGAGAACAUUCUAUAUGGAAAAGAUGAUGCUACUCUCGAUGAGAUCACUCGUGCAGCCAAACUUUCUGAGGCCAUCUCAUUCAUUAACAACUUGCCAGAGAGAUAUGAUACUCAGGUUGGUGAGAGAGGAAUUCAGUUGUCUGGGGGCCAGAAGCAAAGGAUUGCUAUAGCACGUGCAUUAGUGAAAAACCCGUCAAUACUACUACUUGAUGAAGCUACCAGUGCACUUGAUUCAGAGUCUGAGAAGAGUGUUCAGGUGGCACUUGACCGUGUCAUGGUAGGUCGAACAACUGUGGUUGUUGCACAUCGGCUUUCCACAGUACGGAAUGCAGACAUCAUAGCAGUUGUCCAAGGUGGAAAAAUAGUGGAAACUGGAAGCCAUGAUGAGCUAAUCUCUAAUCCAGGAAGUGCUUAUUUGUCCCUUGUUCAACUUCAAGAGACAGCUUCCUCAAUGCCACAUCUUUCCCGAGGGCCAACAAUGGAUCGACCUUUGAGCGUGAAAUAUUCUAGAGAGCUAUCUCAUAGUACGAGUAUUGGUGCCAGUUUCCGUUCUGAUAAGGAUUCAGUUCGAGAAGAUGGUCCAGAGCCUGCCAAAAUGAUUAAGAAGGUUACUUGGAGUAGGCUUAUUUCCAUGGUGGGUCCUGACUGGAUGUAUGGCGUCUUUGGUACUAUAUUUUGUUUAAUGGCUGGAUCGGAGAUGCCACUUUUUGCUCUUGGAGUCACUCAGGCUCUUGUGUCAUAUUAUGAAGUCUGGGAUGUUACAAAAACUGAAAUCAGGAAGAUUGCUCUGCUAUUUUGUGGGGGUGCUGUAGUGUGUAUCUUUAACCAUGGUCUUGCCCAUACUUGCUUCGGAAUAAUGGGAGAGCGACUUACCCUUCGUGUGCGAGAAAAGAUGUUCUCAGCUAUAUUGAGUAAUGAAAUAGGGUGGUUCGAUGACUCAAGGAACUCAAGUUCAACUCUUUCAUCACGUCUGGAAAGUGAUGCAACUUUGUUGAGAAGCAUUGUUGUUGAUCGAACAACAAUUCUUCUCCUCAACUGUGGAUUUAUCAUCACUGCCUUCAUUAUCGCCUUCAUGUUGAACUGGAGAUUAACUUUAGUAGUUUUGUCGAUGUAUCCAUUAAUUAUUAGUGGCCAUUUUAGUGAGAAACUCUUCAUGCAAGGAUAUGGUGGCAACCUAAGUAAAGCAUACCUCGGUGCUAAUAUGCUUGCUGGUGAAGCUGUUAGCAACAUCAGAACUGUUGCCGCAUUCUGUGCAGAAGAAAAGGUUCUUGAUCUUUAUGAUCGUGAGCUUAUUGAGCCUUCAAAACGUGCAUUUAAACGUGGUCAGAUCGCCGGAAUCUUCUAUGGCGUCUCGCAAUUUUUCAUCUUCUCUUCAUACGCCCUUGCUUUAUGGUAUGGAUCUACGCUAAUGGCAAAGGGAUUAUCUGGGUUCAAAUCUGUUAUGAAGUCUUUUAUGGUUCUUAUCGUGACAGCAUUAGCCAUGGGUGAAACUUUGGCGAUGGCUCCAGAUCUCCUAAAAGGCAACCAGAUGGUUCAAUCAGUUUUUGAGGUGCUUGACCGAAAGACCGAGGUGAAGGGGGAUUCAGGGGAAGAACUAACCAAGGUUGAUGGAUCUAUUGAACUGCGAGGAGUUAAAUUCAGCUAUCCGUCUAGGCCAGAUGUUCUAGUUUUCCAGGACUUUAAUCUAAAAGUUCGCGCAGGAAAAAGUAUGGCACUGGUGGGACAAAGUGGCUCGGGCAAGAGCUCAGUCAUUGCUCUUGUUCUUCGAUUUUAUGAUCCAAUAGCUGGGAAAGUGAUGGUUGAUGGCAAGGACGUUAGGAGACUGAAGCUAAAAUCUCUGAGAAGGCACAUUGGUUUAGUCCAGCAAGAACCAGCUCUAUUUGCGACAUCUAUAUACGAGAACAUUCUCUAUGGGAAAGAGGGAGCGACUGAGUCUGAAGUGAUUGAGGCAGCUAAACUCGCGAAUGCGCACAGUUUCAUUAGUGGCCUGCCUGAGGGAUACAACACGAGGGUAGGUGAGCGAGGGGUGCAACUCUCAGGGGGGCAGAAGCAGAGAGUGGCCAUCGCAAGGGCAGUCCUAAAGAAUCCUGCCAUAUUGCUAUUAGAUGAAGCGACCAGUGCCCUUGAUGUAGAGUCUGAGCGUGUGGUGCAACAGGCCCUUGACAGGCUGAUGAAGAACCGAACCACAGUGGUGGUGGCACAUAGGCUAUCGACGAUAAAAAAUGCAGAUCAAAUCUCUGUGAUACAGGAUGGUAAGAUAGUAGAACAGGGGACACAUUCAAGUCUUGUAGAAAAUAAAAGUGGAGCAUACUGUAAGCUAAUCAAUUUACAGCACCAACAGCAGCCGCCACUAGAAUGAUGAGUAGGAGAAUAUUACAUGUAUGAUAGGACCUGAGGUGUUUCUUUAAGUUGCUAUAUUUUUAUUUUUGGGGGAUUGGUUCUAAUUUUAUUAAUGUAUAGAUUUUGAAAUAUUAAUAUUGCAUAAUGAAGCCAAUUGAUUAUAAUAAAGAUAAUUUUUUUUGGAAGGUACAA